UAAACAUUAAAGCCCUCCGCUUUAAAAUCUUAAUACGGAGCUCUUGUAGUUAAAAGCCGUGUUUCAAAUUAAGAUGCAUGUCUAAAUGUUAUUUGUGAAAAUUUAAUGAACUGUUAAAGUCGUAUGUUUGCAGCGUAUUUGGUUAUUAGAAAAUGCUAAAGAAGUUUGUCACAUUUGGCGACUUAUCGCCAACAAAAAAGUAUAGCAUGGUGCGAAUGUCUGAAACGUACCCGAUUCUUUUGUCUGUCCAAUAAAGGGUGGUGAGAAGCUAUCGCCUGAAGAAGCACAAAGAAGAAAACGGAAAUCAACGCGAAGCAGCGAGGAGAGGUGCUCUUGGAACAAACCCAUUAUUAAAUCUUGGAUUUAUGAAAUUUAAGAACAAAAUUGAAACUCAAAGACUAGCUGGAUUUUUUGGGGGUCUGCCUUUUUUUUGCUAAAUUUUGAAACAAAAGUCGUGAAUCGUCAAAAGGAUUUUUUACCAUGACGUGAUAAUAGUCUAUGGACGGGUGUCGCGAGUUGCGCCCCUGUGCGCAUUCCCAGGGGCUGCCACCUUCCCGGAGACACAGAGGUCGCCCUAGAAAUGGUAGCAGCAACAGUAAUGCCCCCUGGUGGAAAGCGUGGAUGAAGAAGUAUGUGAUCGCGUGCCUCGUGUGCGGAGGUUUGUCCAUCUCGCACGGAAUCGUCUUCAUCGUCAUCUACCUCCUCCUACGCUCCUACACCUCAUCACUGCAGUUUUUCGAGACCAUACCCACCUACGUGCCAGGAGUCGUGUUUAUUAUAACUGGUCUCAUUUUGGUGUGCUUUGCGAAGAGAAGAAACAGAUAUGCAUUUUUGCUGAAGAUGACCGGCGGCUGUUGCCUGGUGUGUGCCCUUCUGUGUGUUGUGAUAACUGUGACCACCACUGUGGUACAUAUGAACAGACUGCAAACAUUGCAUGAGUGUGUCUACACGCCUCAGUCAAAGACCUGCAUGUGUGUAUCUGCCAUUGGGGAUCACAACGCUCAGGAAGGUGACAGAUUGCUUUCCCAUCGAUUCGUGUUCAACAAUACACCGAAUUGUGAGGUAGUGCAUGGAAGCCUGUAUUCCUGUUUACGAGCUCUGUUCAGUUUCUCUGUUCUGGGGAUACUCCUCUGCAUCGCUUGCUCUAUGCUCGUAUAUCAGCUACUCAGCCAUGAAAAGAAAAGACUAUACUGGGAACAGCUGGAGUUGAGAAGACGAUUCCUCUACCAGCGCCAUUCGCACCACAGCGUCUGUGGUUGCUAUGAUGAGCUAUACCCAUGGCAACUCUGGGAGAUGCUGGACUACCGAUUCCUAUCUGCUCACAACAACAUGGGUAACAACAACAAUGAAGAGGAAGAGUGUCCGCCCCCCACCGCAAGCCCUGACAGAGGGAAUUCCGGACACCGUCCUUCUGGCUGGAACUGGUUGCCUUGGCCGCGACCACAAGGAGAAAGAAGACUACAAAGAUCUCAAGAAAGAGAAAGACCAGAAGGGGAUACUCCUACGAGGCAAAACUUCAUGAGCCGAUUGAUGUCUCGGGACAGCUGGAAUCAGCAAGCCGUCACUAUGGGCAACACUCUGGAAGAUCCCUGUGCUCUUACGGAUUCGGUGGGCUCACUGCCAUGGAGAAGCGAAUGCAUUCACAUCUUUCGGCCCAGCCCGCGCAACAGCAACUGCUUCCCACCGAUGCGCUUUGGAAUUCGAUCCAGGAGCUCACCUUAUGGCCGACCACAUGGUGGCGGCAAUCAUAGGAGGACAAGAUCCAACGAUGGUGUCUUCCACCAUCUGCACAUGAAUAACACCCCUCGGUACACACAGCCUUAUUCUCUGGUGGAUGCCAACGGUGGAAUCUCGUGCCACUUCACUGGCUGCGAGAUCCCACGUUACAUGUGGGGACCCCCUCCUCCUUAUUCCCAACCACAAUCCAUCGAAAAUCUUGCCCUGUAUGCUGAGACUCAAAACAGAAGAUCUGGGGUGGCCAUCGAACAACUGAGUAGUGGAAUGGAAAUUGCACGUUGCAACCAAGUCAUUUCUGCUCUGGAGAUGGACCAGGGCGGUAAUGGGUCUAUGUCUUCGAAGAUGAGCACGCCGCUAUCGGAACGCCGAUUCGUCUGUCACAAUUUUUCGUCUGAUGGAAUCACUUUGACGAUCGGUGGCAAUUACGCUGAUCUGUGUUCCCAAGACAAUGUCCCUCCUGAGCAUAAGAAAGAGGAGACCUGCAUCGUAGAAGUUCACGUGCCAUACAUCCUUCACAAGAAGGAUAUUGUUUUCAAUACGUUGCCGGCGAGGAGCUGCAAGCGGAAGGAUAACAAUCCUUUCAAAUCGCUCUCCAAUAUACCUUUGGGACUGUCGCGCAAAAUUAACAGCCUGAAGACCGAGAGAUCGGAUCCAGGGCAACUUUCUGUGAUCAAAGCAUGUUGUGAUCUACAAGAGAACAAUAACCCACUAGAACGAGUGACAGAGGAAGAUGCCGUUUCUCGUUCACAUGGACUUAAGAGCCUUUCCAGUCAGCUGCUGUGCGAUGGACCCAGUCUGAAUAAUAUGUCGCUAGACGCCGACGCAUCUCCUAGUUCUCUCACCUACCAACCUACCAUGGUUGAAGUGCCCUCAGAGUUCAAAUCAAGCCUUGUGAUAGCCACUACGCCUGCGACAGAGAAAAUCUCCCUCACUAGUAAAGUACACGCCCAAUCGCUGCCCAACCUGAAUGCUGCGAAUUCUCAUCUUGUCCGGCACAUUCACAGCGUGCCCUCCAGUGGAAAUUCAUCCACUUUCCAAGACUUUGGAGAUUUUGAUCUCGAAGAUGACAGCUCUCCUCUUGUCCUCUGUAGUCCUGUGUCGGAUAUCCCAUCUCUCCCACCUCUGUCGGAUGACGAUGCUUCCGACAGUUCCUCUUCAUACCCGCAAUACCCUAGGGUGUUCACUUGUGAUCACGAGGCGGCCUUCUCCAACGACUCCAGCUCCGUGUCAUACGCAGAAAAUUGCCCCAACAGUGAUUCCUCCUCAUGUGGCGUCGUUGUCAUCGGUGGCUGUGAAAAGGGUCACUCGAAAUCCAGCUGCUGUCGGUCCAACGACUCGACGAUCGUUCCAUUGUCGUCAUCACCUGCCAUCAUCAUCAGCAAACGUCCUCCGACGGAUUGUCCGAUCAACUGCAACAUCCGCCAUCUUCAUCAUUAUCAUCCAGAUAAGAUCGAAGUGCGAGAAGUUUCUAACGACCGUGAUUUUAAUAUAUCCCAAGAAAGGACGAAUAACUUCGUAGUGACUAUUAAAAGUGUGAACGUUUAGCAUUUUGUAACAAAAGUGAAGAAGGAGAAAAAAAAAAAAAAAAUGUGAUUUUUUUUUUAGUCCGCUUUUGGUGCGAAAAACUUUGACUUGAUGUGAAUGUUUGCUUUAAAUAUAUAUUGCAUGGGACCAUAUCUUUUUGAGCUGAGAACUUUAAAGCCUCCCAUAUUGGGUGGUUGAGUUUAUGGAUCUAUUUUUUAUAGAAAAAAAAAACCGAAAUGUAGCAAUAUGUGUUGCAUUUAAUUGUAGAGAUUCUGUAAAUUUGAAGUUUCGUUAUGCCUGUGUAUAAAAUUUUUAUAGUGUUGUACAUUUACGUUGCAUUUAGUAUUGUUAAAACAUUGAAUUUCUUUAUUACUUUUUGUUAAAAUAGAUGUUUAUUCAAGAUGAAUUUAAUAAAUAAGUUUUCUUUUGUG